CCUGGAGGCGACAUUUCCGGCGCUGCCGCUGCUGCCUGGGGAGGUGCACGGGCUGCGGCGAAGCGGCGAGGCGAGGCGGGCGCCGCCGCCGCCGCCCCUUCCGGCUCCUCGUACCUCUCCCCUCGGCUCCGCCAUGCACCCCGUGUUCCAGAGCAGCCGGCGCGACUUCACAUUCGGGCCGUGGAAGCUGAGCGCCGCCCGGACGCACAUUAUGAAGUCGGCGCAGGCCGAGAGGCUGGCUGAUGAAUUACACAUGCCUUCACUGCCAGAGAUGAUGUUUGGAGACAAUAUCCUAAGAAUACAGCAUGAUCAUGGUUUUGGAAUUGAGUUCAAUGCAACAGAUGCUUUAAAAUGUGUCAAUAAUUGUCAAGGUAUGAUCAAAGUGGCUUGUGCAGAGGAGUGGCAAGAGAGCAGGAGUGAGACUGAGCCCACUAAGGAAGUUGUCAAACCGUAUGAUUGGACAUACACAACAGACUACAAAGGAACAUUGCUGGGAGAUACUGCAAGGUUAAAGGUUGUUCCUACAACAGAACACAUAAAUACAGAGAAAUUGAAAGCCAGGGAACAAAUUAUGUUUUUUGAAGAAGUACUUCUGUUUGAAGACGAACUUCACGAUCAUGGAGUAUCAAGUUUAAGUGUAAAAAUAAGAGUCAUGCCUUCCAGCUUUUUUGUACUGUUGAGGUUUUUCUUGCGAGUUGAUGGGGUGCUUAUCAGGAUGAAUGAUACGCGGCUUCAUCAUGAGGCUGACAAGCCCUACAUGUUGCGAGAAUAUACAUCCAGAGAAAGUAAAAUAUCAAGUUUAAAGCAUGUUCCACCUUCCCUGUUCACGGAACCUAAUGAGAUCUCUCAGUAUCUACCCAUAAAGGAGACAGUCUGUGAAAAAUUAGAGUUCCCAGAGAAACUGGAGCCUAAGCCAGAAACGUUGCUGGAAACUGCGUGUGUUAAGUCUAAAUAAAUGUGACUUUAUAUGGACUUGAAGUAGACUGGAGAUAAUGUGAUCAUGUAACCAUUGCGAUGGGGGGGGGGCGGUUUCACUACUAGUGGAAUAAAGAAUUUGGCUAAUUUUUCUGUAGCCUUGAGAGAAAAUAUUUCACGCAGGUUUUGCUAAUGGUGGUGUUUUUUUUUUAUUUUGUUUUCUUUUAACCUGUAUCUGGAGUUAAUGGUUGGCUGGUUGUGAGUUAGUCUUCGACGGCAUUGGAGAAAGACUCUCAUAAUUAGGAGUCUGGGUUCUGUUUAGGUCCCCAGCUGCCAGGAGUGUUGUCUGGACCCCUCCACCACAAACAUUUCUAUGAAGAUGUUGUUAUUGCUGCUUCAGAUACUAAGAGAUUACUGGAGUCAUAAAAUUGGUGUGAUUUUAUUUUUAUUGACAAAUCAUUCACAGCAAAAAUAUAUAUAUAUUUUCCUCUGCAUUUAUUUUGAGCUGUCAGUCCUAAACCAGAUAUUUUGCUUGGCUUUCCCUGCUGUGAACUCAUAACCAACUGAGUUACUUUUUGAGUCUUUGAUCCAGAUUCUAACUUAAGAAUAUUAAUUUCAUCUGAAGGUAGUUUUAAAGGGAGGGAGGAAAUUGCAGUUGCUUGACACUAUUUAAAGGUAAAACUACCUUUUUUGUGAGGCAUUAGCUCCAGAGCAGGAGAAAAGCUUGAAGUUGAGACACUGGUAAGUCUCUUCACGAGUACUAGUUUUAUCUGAUGUCAACCAGAUUACUUUAGUUUCUCCAGAGACUAUUAUUUGGAGUCUGUAAAGCUGCUACAGUCAUGCACUAUAUUGGAGACGUGUUGUGCUGUAUUGACCUUUUGUUGGACGUGUUGGAUGGUGUCUGUAUAACAUAUAUGAUGGUUAUUCUGCUCUGACUGUCAAAUUGCUGAAUUGCAGAGUGCCUCAUGGCUGGGGAAGAGAAGGGUGUUUAGUCUCUAAUCCCUAAAGGGUGCUGGUAUUUGCAGUAUGAGAAACAAGAUCCUAUGUAGGCUUAAAAGGACGCUCAGUUUGUAUUCCAGAUACAUCAUUUUGGUUUAUUUUUAAAAUUAAGUUCUGAUAUUACUAGGAAUGUGAUCACAUGUAUAGUCCUGGUUUUAAUUAAACAGUUUGUAGGUUAAACUUUAAAUAUUUAUAUUGCUUUUGGAAAUCCUAAAUUUAUGUUAUUGAUUUGGCUUAAGAGUGGGAGAGCUAAACAGACUUGCCUAGGUUUACAGCUCACACUCAAUGAAGUGCAAGAAGCAAAUGAUUAGUGGAAAGCAGGCCUCAUGGGUCAAGGUGAUGGCAGAUGUGUGUACACAUUCUGAUGUCUUGGGAAUUUUAAAAAUCAUAUUUUACACUGCAUGGCAUAAUAGAAACAACCCACCCCAAAACCUGGUAUUUAACCUGGUUUUUGAUAAGUGUUUUUCACUUUUAAGAACACUGUGAGGUUAAAAAAAAAAAAAAGGUCUGUUUUCGUAAUAGAAACAAAAGACACGUUUUGUUUCACUUAGAUUUGAGGCAGCCUGGUCUAAUGAUUGAUCAUAAGGUGAAAAGGCAGGAAUGAACUGCAGUUUUUCCCAUGUCACUGAUUUACUCUAAGCAUGGGGAAAUGACUUUUCUGGACCUCGGUUCCCUGUAUGUAAAAAUGAGAGUUAAUACAUGCCUACCUCACUGAGGGUUUGUGAGGAUUAUUUUGUAAAAAGUUAUAGAUUGAAAUAUUUUUUUCCCUGACUACACCUUCAGCCUUAUUUUGAAUCCUUUGGAGAGGAUUAUUGCAAAAAAGAUUGACAGGAUAAUAUUAGUGAAAAGAGUUGAAAUCAGUCUUUAGCAUAAAUUAUUGUCAACCAGACCUGAUCUGGGUGUGUGAAUUUAUGGACACUUGGAGAUGGAGGUGAGGUCCUCUAUAUUCCCCACUAUAGUCCUGAAUAAUUCUUUUGGCUUUUUUUCAUCUUCCUGCACUUGUGCCCUGAAGAUUUUAGUGUUAGGAUGAAGAAGGGACUGCAAAGGAAUGCAGCAUGGAAGUGAUCAAAGUUCAUUCGUUAACAAGAGUGUUUAGGUCUUCUCCAGUGGUAGAGGGAUUGGGAGAGAGUGGAAAGAUACAGCAAAUGGGGGUGAAGAGAUAUCUUGGUGGUGGAAGUAAAUCAUGGCACUUCUUUCACUUUAAGCAUCUAUUAUUUUACUUAGCCUUAAAGGCUAAUAAAAACACACUUUAAAGCUGGUAGUGACUGAGAGGAGAGCUGGUGUAGUGCUAGCAUGAAGGAAACUCUAUCUACAUUCAUUAAUUAAAAUUGUGAUUUAGGUUUGGUCAGUGAUGCUGACGUUAAGCUCCAUUGGGCCUGAAGUAUAGUGGGGGAGGGAACCCACAAAAUCGACACUUAGUGUUGAAAAGGGUGCUCUGCAUGUUUAGCUUAUACUGUGUAUUUUAUCUUGUCCAUCCUACAUACCAAUUUGUGACCUCUUGAUAUCGUUGUCUUGAAUGGACGCGAAUCCUGACUAUAUAGAUACGUGAUAACCAUCUAUUUUGGGUGCUGUGCAUUGAAAUGGAACACACAUGUUGGAAAUCACAAGAACAUGUUUAGGAAGUUACAUUUACUACAAACUAAAACUCGGAGCACUCUGUGCCUCUUAGUACCACACAGAUUAUCAGGAAGCAACAGUAUAAACUGGUGUACAGCAAGCUCUCCAGUACAGAUUUUGCACAGAAAACCACUUUGGAUACAUAAUUUUAGGAGGAGGGAGCAGGGUGAUUCCUCAGCUGUUUUGUGGCAACUUUAACAUGUGGCAGUUUAUAUUCUUUCUUGUAUGUCUUUAAAUAAAAUGUCCCAAACAUUUUAUAGUUCUG